CAGCGUGAAAUCAUUCAACUACACGUGGGCCAAGCCGGUGUUCAGAUGGCUAGUGCUUGCUGGGAGCUGUACUGCCUCGAGCACGGCAUCUACCCGGACGGUAAGUUCUGCGAUUGCUCCAUCUACGAGGACUGUAGUGCGUUCUUCCGUUGCGACCGGUCAGGCCAAUGCGUGCCACGUGUGCUACUGCUCGACCUGGAGCCGGCGGUUGUGGAUGAAAUCCGCAUCGGUGCGUACCGUGAGUUGUUCCAUCCCAGCACGAUGUUGACAGGAUGUGAAGACGCAGCCAGCAACUUUGGCCGUGGCCACUACCGGCUUGGUCAGGCGAUAAUCGAACCGGCAUUGGAUCGAAUUCGAAGGAUGACCGAACAGUGCUCAUCCCUGCAGGGAUUCAUGAUGUUCCACAGCGUCGGAGGUGGAACUGGAGCUGGGUUAGGUACGUUGAUGCUUGAGCGGCUCGGAGAAGACUACGGCAAGGCAUCUCGCAUGGAGUUCGACAUCUUUCCCUCACCGAAAGUGUCACCUGUUAUCGUGGAACCGUACAAUGCCGUGUUGGCUUCGCACGUUGCCAUGGAGCACAGCGACUGCACGUUUCUGCUCGACAACGAAGCGCUGUACGAUGUGUGUGAUCGCAACCUGAACGUUCCGGAACCGACCUACACCAACCUGAACCGGUUGAUCGCGCAAGCUGUUUCGUGCAUUACCGCUUCGUUGCGCUUCUCCGGUGCUAUUAACGUCGAUCUGCUCGAGUUCCAGACCAACUUGGUGCCAUAUCCGAGGAUCCAUUAUCCGCUUGUUACGUACGCGCCUUUGGUGCCGGGUUGUACAGCUCAGCAUGAACAACCUACCACCAGUCAGCUGACGUACGAGUGCUUUGAACCGGCCAAUCAGCUGGUUAAGUGCGAUCCUCGAUCGGGUCGGUAUAUGUCCUGCUGCCUGCUGUACCGAGGUGCCAUCUCACCGAUCGAGAUCAACCGUUCGCUGCAGGAACUGCGUGAAAACCGCUCGAUUCGGUUCGUUGACUGGUGCCCAACUGGGUUCAAGAUCGGCAUCAAUCACCAGGCGCCGAUCGCGGUACCGGGCGCCGAUCUAGCCAAGACUGAUCUGGCUUGUUGCAUGCUAUCGAACAACACCGCCAUCAAGGCACCCUGGUUGCGGAUCGCCAACAGCUACCAGAGCAUGUACGAUAAGAAGGCAUUUUUGUGUCAUUUUCUCGACGAAGGUCUUGAAGAGCGCGAUCUUGCUGACGCGAUCGAGAACAUUCGCACGCUCAUCCACGAUUACGAGGAAAUUGAAAAAUAA